UCCAAUAAUUUCCCCUACCCGCCAAUUUAUUCACUGCUCAAACCAUCUUCGCUUCACUUACGAGCACUGAAACUGCCAUGGACAUACUGGCUCCAUUUCACCACCUUAUCCCAGAUUUCCUUCAAAGCCCACUUACCCACAAGCCACAAAAAAGCCAUUCCUUCAAUUCCCUUGCUCUUGGUGUCACCAACACUUCCCCUGAAACCCCAUUCCUUGCUUCUCUUCCGUCAUCUCUGCCGAAAUCUGACUUUUGUAUUCUAAGUGAGUUUAGCGAGAUAAGAACUUUGAAUUUAGUGAAGGUGAUGCAUGCCCAGAUGAUAAAAAUGUCUGACAGGGGGGAGAGUUGGGAUACCAUGGGAAACAGUUUGGUGACAUAUUACUUGGAAUUUGGUGAUUUCAAGUCGGCUGCAAUGGCAUUCUUUCUGGGUUUUGUGAGGAACCAUCUUUUAUGGUAUUCCUUUUUGGGAGAGUUUAGAAGUUUUGGGGGUGAUCCACGUGAAAUUCUUGAUGUUUUCAGGCAGUUGCAUUGUGGAGGAGUAGUGUUUGACAGUAAGGUUCUGACCGUGGUUCUAAAAAUUUGCGCAAGUUUAAAGGAUUGGUGGCUUGGAGUGGAGAUUCAUGCUUGUUUGAUCAAGAGGGGCUUUGUUUUAGAUGUAUAUUUGAAGUGUGCACUGAUCGCGUUUUAUGCGAGUUGUUGGGGCAUAGAGAGUGCAAAUCAAGUAUUCCACGAAAUUCCGGAGAAAGAAGAUCUGCUCUGGAAUGAGAUUAUCAUGGCAAAUCUGCGGAAUGAGAGAUGGGUGGAAGCUCUUGACUUAUUUCGUGAAAUGAAGUUUUCGGGUGGGAAACCCACGACUGUUACAAUUGUGAAAGGACUGCAAGCUUGUGGGAAAAUGGGAGCUCUCAAUGAAGGAAAGCAAAUUCAUGGGUAUGUUUUACGAUGUGCAUUAGAAUCAAAUUUGCCGAUAUGCAAUUCCCUGAUUAGCAUGUACUCCAGAAAUUACAAACUUGAACUAGCUAAGACAGUUUUUAAGUCAAUGAGAGAUCGUAACUUAACUUCAUGGAAUUCGAUUAUCUCAGGUUAUGCUGGACUUGGUUGUUUGAAAGAUGCCUGGGGUUUUUUUCAUGAAAUGGAAGUGUCUGGUGUUAAACCAGACAUCGUAACUUGGAAUUGCCUUUUAUCAGGCCACUUUUUUCAUGGCUCAUACAAAGAAGUCCUGAAAAUUUUGAGGAGAAUGGGAAGUGUGGGCUUCAUGCCAAAUUCAAGCUCUAUCACUAGUGCUAUUCAAGCAGUUACUGAAUUGGAGUCCAUGAAUUUUGGGAAAGAAAUUCAUGCCUAUGUGAUAAGAAAUGGGCUUGAUCACCAUGAUGUAUAUGUAGGAACUUCAUUGCUGGACAUGUAUGUGAAGAACAAUUGCUUAACUAGUGCUCAAGCAGUUUUUAAUAAUAUGAAGAACAGAAACAUUUUUGCUUGGAAUUCAUUAAUAUCAGGAUAUUCCUUCAAGGGCCUUUUUGAAGAUUCUGAAAAGCUAUUGAAGCAGAUGGAAAAGGAAGGAAUCAAACCCGAUUUAGUGACAUGGAAUGGUCUGGUUUCAGGGUAUUCAAUGUGGGGCUGCAGUAAGGAAGCUCUGGCUGUGAUUGAUCGCGUCAGAAGUUCAGGAUUAUCACCUAAUGUGGUAUCAUGGACGGCUCUAAUAUCAGGCUGUUCACAGAAUGAAAACUACAGGGAUUCUGUUGACUUUUUCAUCCAAAUGCAGGAAGAAGGUAUCAAGCCCAACUCAGCAACCAUAUCCAGCUUACUUAGAACUUGUGCAGGCCUAUCUUUGUUACAUCAGGGUCGAGAGAUACACUGUUUUAGCAUAAAAAAUGGUUUCAUUGAAGAUGUAUUUGUAGCCACAGCACUUGUCGACAUGUACAGCAAGUCAGGCAAGCUAAAAAAUGCCCAUGAGGUUUUCAGAAAGACUCAGAACAAGACAUUGGCCUCCUGGAAUUGUAUGAUCAUGGGAUUUGCCAUUUAUGGCCUUGGAAAAGAGGCAAUUUCUCUUUUUGAUCUGAUGUGUGGGAUGGGCAUCCAGCCAGAUCCUAUAACCUUUACAGCUAUCCUCUCUAGUUGCAAGAACGCAGGUUUGGUUAAUGAAGGAUGGAAAUACUUUGAUAGAAUGAGCACAUACCAUAGUAUAAACCCAACGAUUGAACAUUAUUCUUGUAUGGUAGAUCUUCUAGGGAGAGCUGGUUAUCUCGAUGAAGCUUGGGAUUUCAUUCAAAAUAUGCCACUAGAGCCAGAUGCUACCAUUUGGGGCGCUCUUCUUGGAUCCUGCAGAAUCCAUAAAAACAUCGAGUAUGCGGAGAUUGCAGCAAAGAAACUAUUUCAGUUAGAACCAUAUAACUCUGCUAAUUAUUUCUUGAUGAUGAGCUUAUAUGCCAUUUCAAAUAGAUGGGAGGAUGUUGAGCGUCUUAAAGACUCGAUGGGUCUUGAAGGGGGGAAGAGCCAGCAGGUGUGGAGCUGGAUACAAAUUAAACGCAGGAUUCAUUUUUUCUUUGCAGAAGAGAAGCCCCAUCCAGAUACAGGAGAGAUAUAUUUCGAGCUAUAUCAGUUGGUUCAUGAAAUGAAGAAAAUGGGAUAUGUGCCUGAUGUCAGCUGCGUAUAUCAGAACAUCGAUGAGGUUGAGAAGGAAAAGUUGCUGCUUAGUCACACUGAGAAGUUAGCAAUUACUUAUGGACUGAUGAAGAUGGAAAGUAGUACACCCAUUAGGGUGAUUAAGAACACGAGAAUGUGUUCUGACUGUCACAAGGCAGCAAAAUAUAUGUCUUUGGUACGGAAACGUGAGAUUAUCGUCAAAGAUGGCAUUCGAUUUCACCAUUUUAGAGUAGGAAAGUGUUCCUGCAAUGACUGCUGGUAAUGAGGCCACAGUCAAUGUCUUUCUGCAUUAGCAUCACGUUAAGCUCUUAGCAUUAGCAACGAUGAAUCAGUUGGCUCAAAGCAUUUAGCAGAAGAUACAUGUGAGUGGGGCGAGGCUACAAAUUGGAAUAGGAUCCUUAUUUAUUUCAUGGUCAGAAUUUAAAGUUUGUACACGUAAUGGUUGUCUCAUAUCUAUACCGUACCCUGAUAUGGAAGGAAUUUUAUUUGAA